UGCGCCCCUUGAGAUGCGUCUCCCGGAAGGGUUAUGCGAAGGGCGGGCCACGCUGGUGCGGGAACCCUCAGGAUUGGCCGACAAGAGCCUGGUGCUCUGACUCCGCCUACCCCCGCCUUCGUUCUCUGAGUCUUGAGACGCUGGGGAUUGGUUCCCGGCGGAUAUCCAAAGAAGCCAAGAGGUGAUCCCGCCUCCCUCGCACAGCCCGGAGAGGGAGCUCCGCGGAUUGGUCCGGAGAGCCUCGACGCACGCCUCCGGCGCUCCAGGAUUGGCUAAGAGGGUGCUCACGCCGCCGGGGAGCGUUUACGGUGAUUGGUCGGAGGGUGCGGCCAGCUAUUUGAAGGAGGCGCGCGGAGGGUAUACGCAGUUCAGUCUACGGACCGAGUCGGCGGGAGGCUCUGUGGGCAACGCUGUCCCGCUGAUCCUACAGGAUCCAGGCGUGGGCUCGGACCCAGCCUCGGCUUCAGUCGCGGCGGCGAGGCGAUGGCCAAGGUAUCGGUGCUGAACGUGGCGGUGCUGGAGAAUCCGAGCCCUUUCCACAGCCCUUUCCGGUUCGAGAUCAGCUUCGAGUGCAAUGAGGCUCUGGCGGACGACCUAGAGUGGAAGAUAAUUUAUGUUGGCUCAGCUGAGAGUGAGGAGUUUGAUCAAAUCCUAGACUCAGUGCUGGUCGGCCCUAUCCCAGCAGGGAGACACAUGUUCGUCUUUCAGGCCGAUGCUCCCAACCCAUCCCUCAUCCCUGAGAGCGACGCCAUUGGUGUGACCGUGGUCCUCAUCACCUGCACCUAUCAUGGGCAGGAGUUCAUCCGUGUGGGCUACUACGUCAACAAUGAGUACCCCGACCCAGAGUUGCGGGAAAACCCACCCCCAAAACCAGACUUCUCUCAGCUCCAACGGAACAUCUUGGCCUCGAAUCCCCGAGUAACCCGUUUCCACAUCAACUGGGACAACAACACGGACAGGCUGGAGGCCAUAGAGAACCAGGACCCUGCCCUAAGCUGCAGCCUCCCUAUCAGCUGUACCCCUGUCAAGGGCUUGGGGCUCCCUGGCUGCAUCUCUGGCCUCCUCCCCGAGAACUCCAUGGACUGCAUCUAACUGAGGUCUUAACUGGGGGACUCCAGGCCCUACCUGGGGCUAGCUAGGACUAUGGCCAGUCUCCCAACACAUCUGGAGGGGGCAGUUAGGCCUCCCAGAGAGUCCUCUGGGGGGCCACCUUGAAGACUUCGGGGCCAUCAACUAUAUUCAGGCCUAUCACAUUGAUCCCUGAGGAAAGAAUGGGCCUCAGGUCUCUCCCAACCUCAGCCUAGAAAGAUUCUCUCACCUUUACUGCCCCCGC